AUGUUAUCAUGGCUCUUCCGACGAGAUGCUCGUUUAAAAUAUUAUGAUUAUGGAGCCUCGAUUUUUCUUCAUCUUGAAGUUUUAAUUUAUAGUGAUGAUGAUCAUCACAAAAUCUCAUGUGGCUACAUUAUUACUGACCAUAACUCAGCUUUACCGAAGAGCAGUAAAGAGAGAAAGACAGAAAGAGAUGAAGCCCAUCGAGAUAAGCAAAGAUGA